AUGGGAGGUGAUCGAGCCGAGGCCUGGGAGGUGAUCCAGCGACGCACGACCUUCUCGGUGGAUCCAGCCGAGGCGCCCCAGGAAUCAUCCUACGUUGGCUCGUCAGUCUCUGCCUUGUCAGGAUUAUACACAACUGUAAUGAAUGCAUCAGGUUCAAGCCGUAGAGUUUUUCAACUUCUUGACCGUAUUUCCUCGAUGAAAAAUUCAGGGAAUAGAUGUCCAAAAAAUGAAAAUGAUGGGGAAGUUGAGUUAGACGAUGUCUGGUUUGCAUAUCCUUCUCGUCCUUCUCAUCUGAUUCUUAAGGGAAUCACAUUGAAGCUAGCUUCAGGCUCAAAGGUUGCACUUGUUGGGCCAAGUGGUGGUCGAAAUACUACAAUUGCAUAUUUGAUUGAAAGGUUCUAUGACCCUUUAAAGGGAAGGAUCUUGCUAAAUGGAGUUCCUCUGGUAGAACUUUCACAUCAACAUCUCCAUCAAAUGGUAAGCAUUGUUAGCCAGGAGCCUACACUCUUCAACUGCCCCAUUGAAGAGAACAUUGAUUAUGGAUUGGAGGGCAAAGCGAGCUCCGCCGACGUUGAGAACGCGGUUAAAAUGGCGAACGCGCAUGACUUCAUAUGCGGCUUCACGGACCAGUACAAGACGAUCGUCGGAGAGCGCGGCAUCAGGUUAUCCGGCGGGCAGAAGCAGUGGGUCGCCGUCGCGAGAGCUCUACUGAUGAACCCGUGGGUCCUCCUCCUGGACGAAGCCACCAGUGCCCUUGACACCGAGAGCGAACACCUUGUUCAGGUACCAUCGAUCUACGCUGCUCCAAAAUUUGCUGCGAGGGGGCGCUGGGCCGAAGGAGGCCUCGGGGCGAGGCAGGCCGAGGGGCGCGCUGGGCCCAGGCGCACUGGCGGUUGGGAGGCCGAACAGGGGGCGCCCUCACUGGUUCGGAUCGGCCGGCGCGGAAGGCCGUCCCACGCGGGCGCUGGCGACGUCGUUCUCCUCACGAGCUCCCCACGACAGGAGCUGCUGGCGCGCCGGUUGCAGGAACCCGGGGCGGCGCCGGCGAGGGACUUCCGGCGAGCGGGGCCGUCAUGGGAGCACAGGGAAGCGGGGCUGGCCGGCGGGGGGGCCGGAUCCGGGGUUGCCGGCCCGGAUCUGGCGACAAGAGGCGGCGGCGGAGCUCCGGUUGGGGCGAGGCUCCGGCGCGGCGCUGGGGGCCCGGCGGCGGCGGGAGACGGCCGGGGAUGGCGCGGCGAGCCCGACAGGGAAGGCGGUGAGUGA